UAAUAAUACAUAAUAACCAAUAAUAAAAGCAAAAACUCCUUAAUAAUUAUUUUAUUAUUAAUAAUUGACUUAAACCUAAAUUAAAUUUCUUUAAGUCUUUUCCAAUUUAUAACAAUUAAUUUUUCCGAAUUCCUAUGUUCCUUAAGGACAUAAUGACAAGCAGUUAUUUUAAUAUAAAAUAAGACUUUUAUCUUUUUGACAACUUGUACAACUUUCAGCAUAAAUAGCACAAUUUUAGCAUUUACUCGAACAUUAUAGACAUUAGUUAAAAUUCUAGUAAAAUCCAGAAGGACAUUAUUAAACGCAAGUACCCUAAUAUAAUAGUUUUCCAGAAAUGCAUUUUAUACAUUUAUCAGCUUAACAAGAUUAACAAUCUUAAAUAUUGCAUUAUAAAUCUUGAUUUUAAUUGCCAUUAUCAUUAUUUUAUAAUGUUGAAUUAUCAUCAUCAAUACAUAUUUUUUAAUAAGUUUUAUAAUCAUAAGAUUAUUUUUUAUCACAUUUACUAACACAUUAUCCUUUGAUUAAGAAAUCCUCAAGAUUUUAACAUCUCAAGCAUAUUUCUCCAGAUAAACUUUUUUGACAGAAUAAACAAUGAGAAUUAGCUUUACUACAAUUAUAAAUAGCUGCUUAAUUAAUAAGUAUGCAUUUUUAUUAAAAAUAAUCAAAUUUAUAUCCACUCAUACAUAAAGUACAACUACUUGAACUACAUUUUUAACAAUUUUCAAAUUUACUGCUGCAACUUAAACAAAUAGUAUUUCCACUUUCAUACUAAUCUUAGUAAUAGCCAUCUUAACAACUUAAACAAUAAUUUUCAUAAACACAUUUUUUACAUCCCUCACCACAAACAGCACUAUUACUGUUUUCAUUUGUAUUUUAAUAUUCAUUGCAUUAUUAUUAAGAUUAAUUAUAUUUAUAUCCAUUAAUACAAGAAAUACAUUCAUUUUUAUCACAUUUUUCACAAUUUUCGAAUUUAAGGAUGCAAGUUAAACAUAUUGUCUUUCCAUUGUAAUCCUAAUUUUAAUAAAAACCAUAUUUGCAACUUAAACAUUAAUUACCAUAAAUACAUGUUUUACAGCCUUCUUCACAAACAGCAUCAAUAUUGCUUUCUUCUUAUUAACAUUAUCUUUCAGUUUCAUUAUAUUAAUAUCCACUCAUACAAGUAUUGCAUCCGCUAUAAUCACAUGUUUCACAGUUUUCGAAUUUAUUGCUGCAACUUUAACAUAUUGUUUUUCCACUUUCAUCCUAUUCUUAAUAAUAACCUUACUAACAUUAUUAAAAUUCUCCAGCUUCAUUACAAUUUUCACA